AAGACUCCAGAUUCAGUCCCAGCAGUUUCUUCCAUCUAGCUAAAGAAGCUAGAAGCAUGCAUGCUAUCCUGCAACUUAUAUGUGCGCUAUGCAUUUUAGAAGCCACCACCUUGGUUUCGGGAGAGAUGAGAAGCUCUUCAAAGAAAGUUUUGCAUAGGAGGACAAGAGAACCUAAUGCUCCAUCUCCAAUAGACUGUAAACUGAGCCGUUGGAGUGAAUGGGGACCAUGUGACCCAUGCUCAAAUCUAAAGUUUCGCUCUAGAAGUGUUCAGCAAUUUGGACAGUUUCGUGGGAAACGGUGCCUGGAACCACUGGGAGACACACAAAGCUGUAAAACCAGCAUAGCCUGUCCAGAAGAGCAAGAAAUCGAUUGUGGAGCUGACUUCAGAUGUGAUUCAGGUCGAUGUAUAAAGAAGAGGCUUGUGUGUAAUGUGGACAAUGACUGUGGAGACUUUUCUGAUGAAAGUGACUGUGAGAGAGAUCCAAAAUCACCAUGUCGUGACCCGGACAUUGAAGUGUCAGAGAUUGGAAGGACUGCUGGACAAGGAAUCAGCAUUCUAGGGAUGCAGCCAAUGGCAAGCCCAUUUGAAAAUGAGUAUUUUAAUGGUGUGUGUGACCGAGUGCGUGAUGGGAAUACCAGGACCUAUUACCGCAAGCCAUGGAAUGUUGCUUCUCUCAACUAUGAUACAAAAGCAGACAAAAGAUUCACAACUGAGUUCUUCUAUGAUCGUGUGACCAUGAUAAAAGAAAUUUACCGCGAAAAACAAGAACAUUUCUCGGCUUCCAUGUCAGUAAAAUACACGCCUACUGAAAAUAGUGAGGGCACAUCUUUAAAUGCCUCUCUUGGCUACCAGUUUUCAAGGAAUAAAAGUCUAAGUUAUAUCUUGCGGUUCUCCAAAGAAAGGAAACAAACGUUUAUGCAUGUCAAAGGAAAAAUACAACUGGGAAGAUUCCAAAUGCGAAGUCGUGAUGUCCGGCUAACAGAUGCUUUCCUUGAAGAUUUGAAGUUUCUGCCCACCGAAUAUGACAAGGGGGAAUAUUUUAGAUUUCUAGAAAUGUAUGGAACACAUUAUGCUGUCUCUGGGACUGUGGGAGGAAAAUACGAACUUCUGUAUGUGUUGGAUAAUUAUGCCAUGAGUUUAAAAGAAGUCACGGUAGAAGAUGUAAAGGAAUGUCUCGGUUACCAUUUAGAUGUCAGUCUAGUAAAUAAAGAGUUGGAUUUCAAAGGUCGUGUAAAAGGUGGUAAAUGUGAACGCAUCAACGUGAAAUCAAAUUACACUCAUCAUGAUGACGCAGUUAUUGAUGACAUCAUUUCUUUGGUUGAGGGAGGGAAGAUUGAUUUUUCUGUUAAAAUAAAAGAAAUGCUACUGAGGAAUGCCAAAGUGGUUGAUGUAGAGGAUUAUAUACAGUGGGCUACCUCACUGAUUGAUGCUCCAGUGGUGAUUCAGCAGAAGCCAUCUCCAAUACAUACUCUUGUUCCAGUAAAAAUGAAAGAUGCACAUAUAAAGAAACAGAAUUUGGAAAGAGCCAUUGAGGACUACAUUACAGAGUACAGUGUGUGCAAAUGCGAACCCUGCAAAAAUGGUGGUACUUUGUUGCUGGUGGAUGGAGAGUGCAUGUGCCUAUGCUCCAGCUAUUUUAAGGGAUAUGCCUGUCAAAUCCCCAUAUCAAGAGUUGAUGAAGAUAAAAAGGUCACUGAUGGGGGCUGGAGCUGUUGGACUGCUUGGUCCCACUGCGUGCAAGGAGAACACACUCGCACUCGUCAGUGUAAUAAUCCUGCUCCAGGACCAGGGGGCAGGCCAUGCCAAGGUGACAGCAUCGAAAAAAGCUACUGUUCUCCAGCAAAAUAAUUGUACAAGUCUAAAAAAGGUAUCUGUUAUGAAAACAAUACAGCCUUGAAAGGCAUGCAUGAACUCUGCAAUUAUUCUACCGCUCAAGCUUCCUGUUGGCAGAAGGAUUGGAAUUGUAUGCUUCGUGAGUGCCUAUAGCUUAAACAAUCACUAAUCAAAACCAAAAUAAGAGAAAAAUAAACAUGUUUAAGGAGAUUGA